CAAUUAACUUUUAAAACAUAUAUUCAUUAAGGCCAUAAAUGGUUUGCGAUCUCUCCAUUCUCAGCUUGUUGUGAAACUAACAAACAUGUUUUCAUCAUCAUCAAUGGGUUGUCAGAUAAUGAUAGUAAUUUGUAUGGGUAUGAUUAUUGUUGGGGCAAAUGGGCAAAUAAACACUCCUUGUACCAAUUCAAUAGUGAGCAGCUUCACCCCUUGCUUCAACUACAUCACGGGAAGCGGUGCCAAUGGGUCUUCUUCCCCCACUCAAGACUGCUGCGAUUCACUCAAAUCUAUCAUGACUAACAUGAUAGACUGUGCCUGCCUUAUAAUCACCGGAAACGUCCCUCUUUCUAUACCAUUUGUCAGAACUUUGGUUCUCAACCUUCCUCUCCAACAAUGCUCUUCUGGUGUCCCCGUCCAGUGCAAAGGUUCAGGCGCCCCUCUAUCAGCCCCAGGAGGUUCGGUGGGGUUGACGCCUGCUUAUUCGCCUCAACCUCAUCAUCACCACCAUCAUCAUCAUCCUGCUCGACCCCAACCUCCUGCGCUUGCUCCGCAUAGCUCAAGAGUUUCAAAAAACUCUAUGGCACCAUCACUGGCAGUUGAGGCUCCUGCUCUUGCUCCUGCUUCUGCAGAAACAGUAGCAACACCACCAUCACCACCACCACCGACAGAUGGACAACCUAACAAAAAGUCUUCACCCGUAGCAUCUAAAGAAAAGGGGACACCUCCACCAAUGGCUGCACCACUAGUCCCCAACCCCAAAAAAAUUCCAGCUGGAAUGAAUCCACUACUUAACCCCUCAAAAACAUCAUCACCUCAUCAACCUAAUUCAUCUCCUCCCAUUAUUUCACCUUCAUUCCACUCUCUUUCGCCGCUAUUGCUUUUUGUACCACUAUCCCUAAUCUUCCUUUAAUUUGUCAAUCAUUAUUCCUAGCUUAUUAUUAAUUUCCAUUCCAACAAUUUAUUAUAUAUUAUAUAUUAUAUAUUAUAUAUGUGCGUUGUACCUGUACGUACGUGCAUGCCAAUAUAAUGUAUAUGUAACCAAACGUAUGACUCAUCCCAGUAGCUAGCUAGCUAGUCGGAAUGUUAUAUUGCAAAUCAAUGCUUAUUGUUUUAUUGUCCCA